GAGAAAGUCACUCGUGUGUAGUUUCUGUUUGUGUUGCAGACAACACGGGGCAAUAAAGCCCGUCCUGGUUCCUCAUGAGACCAUAAGCUUUAUUAAGUAUGCCCUGGUGGAGGCGGUGCAGCCGUUGUUUACUGUGUGGGCUGCCUUCCAGACAGGCUCUGUGUUUAACAGCGGUGGAGGCGCCUGGUGUGCUGUUGGGAGGUGGAGAGGCUGCAGCCCUGCUGUGAGGGAGAGGCCUCUCCUCUGCUCUGCUCAGAGGCGUGGCCCUGAUCCAGCCUCCAUCCCGGAUCAGCACCAAGGCCAGCGACACUUCUGAGUACUGCAGAAUCACAGCUCUGUGUGUUUGUUUUACGCACAUGGGGGAUUGGAUUGGAUUGAUCUCCGUGGAGAAUCAAACUUCUUCCUGUUUAAUGAUGUCCAUAACUUAUUUUUUCUAGAGUUUAUGAGGUGAAAUCCUCCUUUCUUUCGCCUGUGCAGAGUCAUCCUGUGCUCACACAAUGCGGAGCUGAGGGGAAUGAGGGCGUCUGGAUGCAGACUGCAGCAGCAGCUCCUCACAUCGAUCCCAUUGACCAUUCUGCUUGCACAGCACAGAAAGCUGCAGUGACACAGACAGCGCGCACACGACACUUUUGAUCCCUGGAAUCUGAAAACAAACAAACAAACAAAAAAACACCCCAUCGGUGCGCAAAUACUAAAAUGAAAAGUGAGAUUAAUGAAGGGGGGACAGUGAAGUGGAAGAAAACUCCAAACACAGCUGUGUUCAGUCCUGGACUGCAGGACGGAGAUGAGCUGCAUGAGUGAAGUCGUGUCUCCCCAGAGGGUGGAGGCUUUUCUUUUUUUGCAAAAGCUUGCAGGUUUCCCCUCAGCUUGUGUUGUUGCUGCGUCAAAUGAUGCGCCACGGCGCCCUCGCUAUAAAAGCACCUGUCCUGGCCAGACAUCAUUCGCAUCUCACUUUUCUCUCUGUCACGCACUCUCACCCUCACGCACACCUGAACUCCACACCGUCCCUCCUCUCGCCCUCUGAAGAGCAGCCAUGAGUUUCUCCAGCGACGUUUACAGCAGCAGCUCCUAUCGGAGGAUCUUCGGCGAUGCCCCGCGCUCCGGACGCGUGGGUCUGGGCGGCAGCGGCGGGAGCAGCCCGUCCCGCCUGCACUCCGCGGGGUACCGCAGCGGGCCCCGCACCUACGGCUCCCCCUCCAUGAUCUCCUCCACCACCUACAGGAGGACGGCGGCCCCCGGGCGCGUCUUCUCCUCCAUCCCGGACCCCUCCAUGGACCUGACCCAGUCCACCGCCGUCACCAACGAGCUCAAGAUCAUCCGCACCAACGAGAAGGAGCAGCUCCAGGGCCUCAACGACCGCUUCGUGUCCUUCAUCGAGAAAGUUCACAACCUGGAGCAGCACAACAAAGUCCUGGAGGCGGAGGUGGCGCUGCUGCGGCAGCGCCACAGCGAGCCCUCGCGCCUGCACGAGCUGUACGAGCAGGAGAUCCGCGAGCUGCGAGCGCGCGUGGAGGAGCUGACGCACGAGAAGAGCCAGAUGCACCUGGACUGCGUGCAGAUGAACGACACGCUGGAGCGGGUGAGGGAGAAGCUGGAGGAGGAGAGCAGGCUGCGGGAGGAGGCGGAGAACGCGCUCAAGGGCUACCGGAAGGACGUGGACGACGCCACCCUGGCGCGCCUGGAGCUGGAAAAGAAAGUGGAGUCCCUGCUGGACGAGAUCGCCUUCCUCAGGAAAGUUCAUGAGGAGGAGCUGCAGGAACUGCAGGCGUCUCUGCAGGCCACGCAGGUUUCAGUGGAGAUGGAUCUGAGCAAACCCGACCUGGCUGCAGCCCUGAAGGACAUCCGGGCCCAGUAUGAGAACCUGUCUGCCAGGAACCAGGCCCAGGCAGAGGACUGGUACCGCUCCAAGUUCGCCACGGUUACUGAGGCUGCUGCCCGCAACCAGGACGCCAUCAAGCACUCCAAGGAGGAGCUGAGCGAGUACCGCCGGCAGGUGCAGGCCCGCACGCUGGAGAUCGAAGCCCUCAGGGGCCACAACGAGGCCCUGGAGAGGCAGAUUGCUGAGAUGGAGGAGCGCCACAACAAUGAGAUUGGAGAGAUGCAAGACACCAUUCAGCAGCUGGAGGCCGCACUGCGCAGCACCAAGGGGGAGAUGUCCCGUCACCUGCGGGAAUAUCAGGAUCUGUUGAACGUCAAGAUGGCUCUAGACAUUGAGAUUGCUGCCUACAGGAAGCUGCUGGAGGGAGAGGAAUGCCGCCUCAGCUCUGUCGGUAGCGCCAUGGUCCAGUCUGGCUACCCGGGAUUCUCCUAUAUGUCAGCCCGCACCUACAGCCUGGGAGCUUACAGGAAGUCCAAGCCGGAUGAAGAGGAGGAAGAGGAGGCAGAGGAGGAGAAGGAGGAAGAUGGAGAAGAAGAAGGAGAGGAGGAGGAAGGUGAAGAUGGAGGAGAGGAAGGAGAGGAGGGAGAGGAGGGAGAGGAAGAGGAAGACCAGGAGAAUGGCGAGGGCGAGGGUGAAGGUGAGGGAGAGGAAGAAGAGGAGGAAAAAGAGGAGGAAGAGGAAAAGCCAAAGGAAAAAGAGGAGAAGGGAAAGGAAAAGGAGAAGGAGAAAGAGAAGGAGAGCUCCACUGGGAAGACCAGCAAGAGCUAAAGCGCCAGCGUCACCAUCAACUUCGUCAGAAACCCCAAAUCACCGACAGAUCUGGUUCCUGUUCACAUCACCGUGUGUCCCACACACAUCUGCACACUCCAGACGCAUCAUGUUUUUCUGUCACUGCAAAUCCGAUUAUUUCAACUUUUCUUAGACAAGGAGCUCCAGAAGGAAAUGAGACACAGCAGCGAAACGCUUCCAACCUCUGUCAUCCUGUCUGUACAUGUAAAGGAUGCAGGGGGGGGCAGCUAGCAUGGUGCCACAAAGUGUCAUGAGCCUCAAGCUACAGUAUGUUGUAUGAUUCUUCCUCACCCUGAGCAAACGUGCCAUCAGUGAUCGACAGUCACAGCAAGAGCAAUCAAACCCCAGAAAGUCACAAAUGUGUCAGCACACGGACUUCCAACCAAACGCACAGAGCAUGAGAAAACAGCCAGACCAACUUUUACGGUGCUAUUUGAUUUUUACAUAUAAAAGUUGGGGAUCCCUGCAAGUUGAAUGUUUUACUGCAGAGCUGAGGCUUGAUAGCUGAAAUAGCCAGAGAUAAAAGUGACCGUGAUUUGCACAGCAGGUGAAUGCACCCUCCACUGCUUUGCAUCACUCUUUAUGUUGACACUUCUCCCACUUUAAUGCAACACAAGUUACUUAGACAAAACGAUUCUGGAAAGGCGGAGAAAUGCGGCUUUAUGAAUGAAAAGUAUCGACUUUAAAUUGCUGCUAUGUGUAAUUUUGGGCUUAUAAUCAACCCUUUCCUUUGAUUGAUUCAUUAGUCAAACAAUUUGUCUUUCUUUUUAACAAUUUUUAGUCAUGUUGGCCUUUUUAAUUUAGUUUAAAUCAAGAAAUGAGGUAAUGAUGAACUCGAUUGGAGCAAUUCUGAGUUUGUGGACAUAAACUGGUGAAGACUGACAUAAGGGCUAUUUAAGAACAUAUUUACUUUUUUGCCCUGAAGUUUAUUUUUUUUCUUUGGUGCUUCGUUCCUCACUCCCUUUGGCCUUGGAGUUUUUGACCAAUGAAUCAAACGAUGGAGACGAAUGCAUGGCCUGAUACCUGAAGCUUGAAUAUUUGCUGGAUGGGAUAGAUUUGUGCUUGCUGUGUGUUCAAACUAGAAAACUUACAAAAGAAUAAAAAAAAAUGCCUUAAUUAUGAAUGAAAUGAAAAAAAAAAGUUUCCAUCCGCUUCCCACUUGUUCCGGAGAGACAGAGGAGGAGUAUCAGCACUUUUCACAUUUUUCUGCUUUAAAACUGUGACUUUAUGUGCUGCUGUCUCAUGCAGUGAUGUUCCUCUCAAAGCCAAAUAAAGACAUUUAUUAACCAAA